AUGGAUGCCACGCUCUCCGUUCUCAAGGAUUACUUCGGGUUUAUGAGUUUUCGACCUUAUCAGCAAGAGGUUAUUGAGAAAAUUAUUGAGAAAAUGGAUCGCUUGGUAGUUAUGGCGACUGGUAGUGGCAAGUCAUUGUGUUAUCAAGUGCCUCUGUUGGUUGUGAAAAAGACUGGGAUAGUUGUAAGCCCUUUAAUAUCAUUGAUGCAAGAUCAGGUUAUGGCUUUGAAACAGCGAGGUAUCAAAGCUGAAUAUCUUUCGAGUGCUCAUAAGGAUUAUACUAUUCAGGAAUGGGGGCAUGACUUUAGGGUAGAAUACAAGCAGUUAGACAAGUUACGUGGUGUUCUGUUAGAUGUUCCUUAUGCUGGUCUAACUGCAACGGCUACUGAAAAGGUUCGGUUUGACAUCACCAAUUCCUUGAAGAUGAAUAAUCCUUACAUUGUUGUUGGUUCAUUUGAUCGCCCAAAUCUUUUCUAUGGUGUCAAGCAAUUUAACCGAGGACAAUAUUUUAUUGACGAGCUUGUUGAAGAAAUUCCAAAAGAAGUUGCUAAUGGUUCAACUAUUAUUUACUGCACAACAAUCAAAGAUGUAGAACAGAUAUAUAAGUCAGUAAUGAACGUCGGUAUAAAUGCUGGAAUGUACCAUGGCCAAAUGGAUGGAAAAUCACGAGAGGAGUCUCACAGAUUAUUUGUUAGAGAUGAAAAGCAAGUCAUGGUGGCCACAAUUGCCUUUGGCAUGGGCAUAGAUAAACCUAAUAUAAGAAAAGUGAUUCAUUAUGGCUGCCCUAAAAAUCUAGAGUCCUACUACCAGGAAAGUGGGAGAUGUGGUAGAGAUGGUAUAGCUUCUGCUUGUUGGCUUUACUACACAAGAAGUGACUUUUCAAAGGGUGAUUAUUAUGCUGCAGAUUUAAAAUCGGAAAACCAAAAAAAAACUGUUACGGAGUCAUUGCUUGAAGCUCAACGCUAUUGUUUGACGGCAACUUGCAGAAGAAAGUUCUUGCUAGAACACUUUGGAGAAAAAUUUGCAGCUGAUCGAUGUGGAAACUGUGAUAACUGCACGGUCUUGAGGCAACAUCGUGACAUGUCAAAAGAAGCCUUUCUUCUACUGGCUUGCAUUCAUUCAUGCAAGGGAAGAUGGGGCCUUAAUAUGUCGAUUGACAUCCUGCGCGGUUCUCGAGCAAAGAAAAUAAUGGAAGCUCAAUAUGACAAGCUUCCACUUCAUGGACUUGGGAAAGCAUACCAAGCAAAUUGGUGGAAAGCACUUGGACAUCAAUUGAUUUCUCUAGGUUAUUUGAAGGAGUUUGUGACUGAUGUGUACAGAAAUGUAAGUGUCAGUUCAAAAGGAGAGCAAUUUUUGGCCUCAUGUAGACCAGACUAUCAACCUCCUUUGGUUUUGCCAUUGGUUGGUGAGCUCGCAGAAGAGGAAACUAGAAGCGCAGAAGAAUUCAAAAUUUUGGCCGCUUCAGAAUCUGAAGGCUGA